AUGAAAAUGGAUUUAAAUGCCAUCAUAGAGCAAAUGGAGACGGGAGACCAAGACAGCGCUUUGACGGCUUUACAGAGCUACAACAAGGAGAUGAACCAGUGCUUUACAUUCAGCAAGGAAGAAGAGCAGGACAGAGAGCAUCUGGGGGAGUUGGUGCUUGGUUUCCUGAACAGGGAUCUGCAGCCUUCCUGUCUGCUGGCCUGUCUAGAAACUGUUCGAAUUCUGUCCAGAGACAAACAUUGCCUGGAUCCAUUCAUCAGCCGCUCAGCCAUGCUCACUCUUGCCCGCUAUGCUGGUAUUGUUGUGGACAUUCCUGCCACACCUGCCCACAGCCAUCUGGUGGAGGGACAAGUGGAGGGUGAGGGAGGAGAUGGGGAAGAGGCAGCAGAAGGGUCCAGUGAGACAGUUAAGGAAUCCUCCCCUCAUUCAGAAAACCCAGACCAGGAAGUGAUUGUUGAGGCUCUCAAGUCCAUCUGUAACAUCCUCCUACACAAUGAGACAGGACAGGUGGUAGCAGCAGAUCUGCAGCUGAUUAAAGGUGUGGCAGAGAGGAUGAAGCAAUGUCACGAUCCCACCUGGAACCAUGAGGUGCGUUUCUUUGAUUUGCGCCUCACCUUCCUGCUGACUGCCCUGAGAGUGGAUGUCAGGGCACAGCUGGCUCGGGAGCUUCAUGGCAUCAGUCUCCUAGGCAACCAGUUGGAUGCCACACUGGGUCUAUGUUGGCCAGAUACACUGGAGACAGCAAGGGCAGGGUUUGAAGGCAUCCCACCUGAAGAACUGCCCCCACUGAGCCGGCAGCAGACAGAACUAGCUAUGGAGAUACUGAAAAUUCUCUUCAAUAUCACAUUUGACACAACCAGACGCAAGGUCGAUGAGGAAGAGGCAGCAGAGUACAGACAUUUGGGAGCCAUACUGAGACACUGUCUAACGAGCCAUGCGGAUGGAGACGAGCGGACAGAGGAGUUUCACAGCCAUACUGUGAAUUUGCUAGGUAACCUCCCGCUGGCUUGUUUGGAUGUACUGUUGAUGCCUAAGGUGCAACAAGGCUCCAUCGAGUACAUGGGAGUCAACAUGGAUGCUGUCCACAUGCUGCUAGAAUUCAUGGAGAGAAAACUCGACCGGGGACAUAAGCUGAAGGAGACCCUUCUCCCAUCACUGAAUCUGCUGACGGAGAGUGCCCGCAUCCACAGAGAGACCAGAAAGUUCCUCAGGUCAAAAGUCCUGCCCCCACUGCGUGAUGUGACAAACAGGCCAGAAGUGGGCAAUGCUCUGAGGAACAAAAUAGUCCGUCUUAUGACCCACAUCGACACUGACGUCAAGGACUACGCUGCUGAAUUCCUCUUUGUUCUCUGCAAAGAAAAUGUUUCAAGGUUUAUUAAGUACACUGGAUACGGAAAUGCUGCAGGUCUGCUGGCUGCCAGAGGACUGCUCAGAGGGGGUAGAGACUCUGGGAUCUACUCUGAGGAUGAAGACUCUGAGACAGAAGAAUACAGAGAAGCCAAGGCCCUUAUAAACCCAAUAACAGGAGUUGUAGAAGAGGAGCAGCCCAAUCCCAUGGAGGGAAUGACAGAGGAGCAAAAAGAAUACGAAGCUAUGAAGCUGAUCAGCAUGUUUGACAGACUGUCGAGGUCUAAUGUGAUCCAGCCCAUGCAGCUUAGUAUGGAUGGGAAGAUGAGAGAGAUGACUCAAGAGGAUAUGAAGAAAGUGACCCACAAUCCUUUGUUCCCGUCACAAGAGCCAGCUAAUUCAGACAGUGAGGAGGAGGCCCAGUAAACACAGGAGCUUAGCGGCAGAAACAGAUUCCCCGAGAUAAUCUGGCUUUUUGAUUUAGACAUUUACAUGUCACACAUGUAUCCUGUUCUACAAUGUUAAUUUUGAUAGAAACUGAAGUACAGGAAAUUGUGAUUUGUUUAGUAAAAGUAAAAACACAGCAUUGGGUAAAACACUGACCAUUUUCCAGUUUUGUUGAUUAGUUUCUUUCCUCACAGACAUUUGUUAGAGAUCAUUUUAGUCCACUAUGAAAACCGACUUACUUAUUGACAUUGUGCAUCACUUGAACAACACCAGAGAGUGUUAAAGAAGGACUAAGAUUCUUCACAUCAGGGAAAAAAGUGAAGCACAAAGAGCAUACGAACAUUUCCAUUCAAGGUUUUUUGAAGGUCAACAACAGACAUUGCUCCUCACUAAACUCAAAUGUACAACAAUCCCCAAGAGGCUCCUACUUCUACACAGCAAAUGUCAAUUAUGAACAAAGCACCAGUAUGACCCUUUAAAUGGUCUUCUCAUCUAGAUAAAUAGACACACUUAGAGCCUGAGACAGCCCAACACUGUUGACUUUGUUUCCAACCAACAAGUAAUUUACUGAGAUACAGUUCAUGUUCUUGUAUGUGAAGCUACCUGUAGAAGUGCAAAUGAUCCUUGAUUAGUGAUCAGUGUUUCUCAGUCAGCUCCACCCACAGUGCAGCGUGGGUGUUGACCAUUCUUGGCUCCAAACUAAACUGAGAAUCUGAACCUUGUACUCAUCACGACGGUGGUGUGUGUCUAUCUGGUUCAGGGUCAUCGAUUUCAUUAGGCCUUUUUACCAACAUGUUUAAAAGGAGUGAUCAUCAGUUAAGUGUAAAAUGACAGUUUGCAAUUUAUCAAACAGAAAUUCAGAUUACAGCCACACUAUCAACAUGUCAAUCUAUAUUUGUUGCAUUUGAUUUGUUGAGGUUGUGAGACCUUCACCCUGUAACACUUCUGUUCUUGAACUAUAAAGGUAAAUUGAAUUUUUGAAACUUUGAAAACGGCAUUGGAAAAAGUCAACAGUAAACUGUCUACAUCCCACUCUACUCUACAUCCUGGUUGCUUUAACUUAGGAUAAUUUACGGACCUGCUUACAGUGGAAAAAGUCUUUCUUCGCAGUAAAACUAGUCUCUGCCACUUAGUUGAAGUUGAACUUUGUAGGAACAUUUUGACAGAAUGUUGGGCUCUUCACGACGAAGCGAGGCUGUAUUAUUUUAAUAGAGCAGAAGACUGUGUCAUGCAUGAAAGCCAAAGAGCUGCGGUUCAGUUUGCAAUGAUGGAAUCAGCUUUAAUUUUGAGUAAAAUAAACAAAUUAAUUUUAGAUGUCUGAUGUUUUUCAGAAAACUCUUCAGACAUUUUACUUGUGGAAAUGAAAUGUAAACCUACAGAUGGAUAAGCUACCAUUUAAGACUGAAGAUGAAGCAUUGUUAUGAUAAAUGUCAAUUCUGAAACAUAUAUUAAAUGUAU